UAUAGCCCUAGUUCAGUUCCCCCUGCCCUUACUUCCCUCGCCGCCUUCCCCCUUUCUAUUCCAAUCUGCUCCCACCACCUUUUUCCUUUUGUUUUUUUAGCUCAAAUAAUUAUCCGAUUGUUCUUAUCUCUGUCUCUACACAAGUAAAUUUGUUGAAAUCUUACUCUACGAGUAUCAGAUUUGAUUUUGUGGAGUAUUAAAUACUCCUAGUCCAUCCAAAAAUGAAGUCAGAUCUCUUCGAACUACCGUCAGAAAUAAUCAACAAUAUCCUUUUAAGACUCUCUGUUCGAAGCAUUGCAGUAAGCAAGUGCGUUUGCAAACCAUUGCUCCAUUUGCUCGGCACCCACGAUUUCGCCAAGUCGCAUUUUUCCAAAUCCGCCCCCGCCCUAGCUUUCACGAUGCGAACCAACGAUUCAUAUCGCCUCAAAAUUUCCGAACUGGAAGAAGACGAAAUCGAUCCCGAGAGCCACGAUCUACUCACCAACAUUAAUUUCUUUCCCGAAGCAAUGGUUAAUUUCACUGCCGAAGCAAGUUUAGGAGGUUCUGUUAAUGGCUUGCUUUUCCUAUUCGAUUACCGUAAUAGUUGUCAUUAUGUAUCCAAUCCGAUCACUCGCGAGUUUUUCUUUAUCCGCUGUCCACGAGUAAUGGUGGUGAGUCAUGGAUUUGGGGUGAGCAGAAUAACUGGGCAACAUAAGUUAGUAUGUAUUGAUCCUUUCGGUGAUGGUCGAUUCAAUUGUUAUGUAUACACCCUUGGAACAGGAUCGUGGAGACGCGUUGAAGCUAACGACUCGUUUGGUUGGACUCCUAAAAUCGUUGCUACAUUUCUUAACGGAAAUCUGCAUUGGAUGGUAUGGUCAGAUCCAUACCCCAUGGAGCAGAUUUUUUGUUUUGAUUUGGAAACAGAGUGUUUUAGCAGAUUUAACGUUCCUCCUCUUCGAAGAAGCAUAAUGAGCAGGCUCUUGUUUACUUUGAGGGAUUGCCUAUGUUUUUGCGAUGACGAUGAGGGUGAUGGCACUGGCAGGGUUGUUAUAUGGAUGAUGAAGGAAUAUGGGGUCGAGAAAUCUUGGACAAAAGAAUACGUGGUCACCCCAAAUCUUGCUUUUCUUGGUCACGGUUUAGAUAAGUUCCCAUUCCAACUGCUUCAACCUAUCAAAGUUUUUAAAAAUGGUGAUGUAUUGAUGCUUUGUGGUCGCAAGAUGUUCAUGUACCACUCCAAGCACACCAAAACUACUCGAGAAAUUGAUGGUUUCUUUGGCCAAGGGGAGGGAUUUUACUAUCUAAACUCGCUGCUUCUCACCCCAAGCUUGCUUCCACUCAAGAGUUUUGCUGGUAUGGAGAAUGAGAAUGUUAUCUCAUUUUGAUUGUUUGUGUUUUAUCAAAACUAAAAACUACUCUCACUAUGUCGAGUUAGUGCCUUCUUUCACUCAAGAAGGAGGUUUGGGUAUGGAGAAUGUAAUCUCCCAUUUUGAUUACUUGUGUUUCUAAAUGCUAAUUGCCAAUCUAUGUAGUAUUAUGUUUUCUUUAA